UGUCAUCAUAGCAUGGCUGUGGACUUAACGCCUUCUCCCCUCCUAACUUCAUGAGGUUUUUACAUGUCCGUAUUAUUACUAACAGUCCCAUGUCGAUGCAGGAAGGUUUAAGUCUGGCAGAUUGAUGGCUACCUGUGUGCUGUGUCGACGGGUGCCCAGGCUACGCUGCCUCCCGGGCUUAAGGAAGGAUUUUAUGCAGGCUCAGCACACAUGUGUCAAACAAGUGGAUGAGAACGAUGAUCAGGAGGGCAAGACAGGAGUACUGCAGCACCAGAAAGCCUCUCUCCGAGAGGGAUACAGGCUGUAUUACAACCCCAGCUCAUAUCACUCAGUGCGGUACCCUGCAACCUCCCGGAGCCAAACAGAUAAUGAUGUGGAUGAGUGUCCCUCCAUGCUCGUGCCUUCCUUCUGGCAGCAGAGCAAUCGCUACAGUGUGAGUUGCUCGCGGCAUCUCUCCAGCGCGAAAAACACACUUCUUGACUUAGCUUUCAACAAAGGCCCUAAACCCGAGAUGCCAUCAGCGUCACUGUACCACGGAAACCCCGUACCGGCAGAUGUUAAAGUAGAUACACGUGCCUUCCUCAAAUGCCGACCAGAGUAUGCCUCCACCACCCUUGACCGCACCCAGUGGCGCCACACGAUCGAAUGGAAAGAGGCCAUGACGCUGCUGCAGAAAGUGGCCGUUUUGAAGAGCAGCAUGAAACCGUCUGAUGUGUCUCAGUUUCUUGUGGACCUCAGCCACUUUCACCCAGACAAGAUAUCAUUAGUGACGAAUGACCAGCGCUUCAACAUGCUGCUCCGAUAUUCUGUGGAACACCUUUGCCACUUUACUCCGCCUCAGCUGCUGGAGGUGCUGCAGGCGUUCGUGUGGCUGGACAUCCCCUCCUCCCACACUGUUCUCGGACUGUAUGAGGCUGAGCUGAGCCGCCGGGCCAGCCAGAUGAGUCUGCACCAGUUGUUGUUGGCUGCUGACUUGUGGCGCUGUAUUGGGAGGCAGGUCCCCAAGUUCUUACAGCACCUCUAUAAUUCAGUCCAACUACAUUGCGGACAGAUGGGGGUCCCUGAGCUGGUGCAGCUGUUGUAUAUAAUAGGAGAGGGUAGGCAAUGCCCAACAGACUUGAUCCGUCAUGUAGAGAAGCUUCUCAUGCUUUAUUUACACCAACUAUACCCUGAAGAGGUUGGUGCUGUAUGCUUAAGCCUCUUUAAAUCCCAGACUUUAAUAUCUGAGGAUGCAGUGACUCGUGUUGUUGAUAAGGCACACUCUUUUGUGGAGGAGAUGAGCGACUUUGCCAUAGUGAAUGUGAUGAAAUUACAGCGUUUCAGCUACUUGUAUCACAGGGCGUGGAUGGAGGCCAUGGAGCGGGAGGUUCCUCAACGGGCCCACAGGAUGGGUGUCAAGGGGUUAAUGCAUGUGGCACUGGGCUGUUCGGCACAUCGUUACCGGAGUGAUAAAAUCCUAAUGUCAAUUGCUGAGAGAGUUCCCCUGCUGGUGCCACACUGCAGGAGUAAAGACACAAGCAAACUGCUGUGGGCCUUUGGCACAUUAGGGUUUCUCCCAGUUCGGAGCCCAAGCUUCUACUCGAGCCUGACAGAGAGCCUGAGACAGAGGAAAAUUGAAUUCCACCGAUACCCAGAGCAUCUGCUUACUGGUCUUCUAGGCCUGGCCUUUGUCUCUCUGUUCCCAGAGGACCUGAUUGCAUUAGCUUUGAGUCCCGAAUUUGUCAACUUAGCCCUGAAAUCCACAGAGCUGGAGAUGAAAAAAGACUUGUUCACUUUAGAUGGAACUGUGGCUCUGGAGCUGCCCCAGUGGAGAGGCCCGCGGCUAAGCGGUGAACUCAGAGAGGAGGUGACAGAAAUGCUGUGGAGGUUUGUUCAGUCAGAUAUAUGCCAGAAACCAGAAAUUCAGAUGGCGGAAUCUGCUCUGCAAGAUCUACUCGGAGGAGAGGAGUUUGUAUGUAAGAGGAUGAUUCUGCCCCACACCCGAUCCAUCGACCUGGAAGUACAUCUUGACUCCACCGGGCAGCCUAUUCCUGUGAUCCCAGCCACAGCCACCUUAUCUCCAGAGAACAGUUCAUCCAAAUUUCCUUCUCAUCAGGGUUGGAGGAGAAUGAAUAUAGGAGCAACUAUAACCAAUGAACUUGUAGCACAGCUAACCAAUACCAAAAACACCACAGAACCUUUAACCCCAUCUCCUACAGUUAAACCUACUUCUCUUCACAGAUUAGAGCCUGAUGAAGGUGAGAGCCUGUUUGACACGGGGAUAUUCCUGACCAGCGAGCUCACAGAAAGUCUCACCAGACCCAGUCGCCUGCGCUCAGCCCCGCAGGACUCUAAAGGCACAGUCAAACUUGCUAUCCAGGUCACCAGCAGGAACCACCACUGCACCCACUCAAAGCAGCUGACGGGCCUUCAUGCCAUGAAGAGGAGGCAGUUGAAGUUGGCUGGCUACAAAGUUGUAGAGCUCAGCUAUCGGGAAUGGUUUCCUCUGCUGCGGAAAAGCAGGAAUGAGAGGCUGGCACACCUGCACUGCAAAGUCUACAACAGUCUGGACUGAUUCCCUACCAUCCAAGAGCCAAAAAACCACAGCAGACUCAGACUGCAGUGUAAACGAUGGAGGCACUUUGGCUUCUGGACAGUCUUAUGGAUGGAUGGAUGUAUCCAACAUUGACUUUUUUUGAACAUGUUUAGUUCAAAAUACAUUUCUUAAGGAUUUUUGUCCAAAUGUGUGAAACAAUGCAAAUUAAAAAAGUAUUCAACUCCUCACUGUCCUGGUCAUGGUAGUGGUUUGAUAUCACAACAUACAGUAGAUAUUUGGAGCAUAUUUUCUUUUCUGAAUUGACUUCAGGUAAAAUCUCCCAGUUGCUUCCAGGAUCUGUAGACGUAUAAAGAGAAUCUAUGUUUUGCAUCAUGUUUAAUCAUAUUCACUCAUGCUUGAUGGUCUUGUCGGAGGUCAGUGUGCCUGUUUGUAGUGUUUUUAGCUGCUCGCUUCGCACGCCAAAGGUCAAACUCGAUCUUUUCAGCUGAUGUGAAUUUUGAAUGAAACAUUUCUGUUGUUGUUGUUUUUUUCAUAUUGUGUCUGCUCCUGAGCAGUAGAAGCGGUUAUGUAAUGUGAUAAAGGAUUUAAUUCCUCACAGUUUAAUACCAAACAGGAGCCAAAAUAAUUCAUUUCAGUGAAGCAUCUACUCAAUACAGAACUUGUCUAGCUCAGACGUACGGAUUGGCUUUAUUCCUGUGGAUUUGAUUGGAAAUAGGACGCUAAUUUCCCCAGUUGAGGCAAAUAAGGUUUGUUCCACAGUGCGUCUUUUGCGUUCAGAUUUUUUUUCUUCCAGCAAUGUUUCUGAAACGGGUAUCGGGGUAUUCUUUUCACGUUCUAAGCAAAACUUGCACCUGACCUACUGAACUUUUACUCUCCCAUGAGGAAAAAAAGGCUUUUGUUGCAGGAUACAGCCUCUAAAACAUGUUAUAAUAAAACAUAUUUUUAUAGAAAGAAAAAUGUACAUAAUAUUUUCACAUAAUGGGCUAUUGGUGGUAUCCUUGUUAAGUGUGUUUGGAAACCCUGAAUCAAAUCAACUUUGAAA